AUUGGACUUUUAAAGUUUUACUAGCGAGGAAUUACAGUUGGACGAGAACAUCAAAAAGAAAGAACAAGCUUCGAUUUCGAUUUGUUUCCCAAGCAGAGCUAUACGAUUAUAUAAUUGUCGUGCUUUGAUUUUACAUUGCAACAUAUUUGAUUUUGGAAACGAGUGGAAAUAAAGAUGAAAAUCGGAUCCAUGAGGAUGAAAAUGUCUCUGGCCGCAGGUGCGGCGUGCGUCAGUGUCCUGCUUGGUUCCCUCGCGGCAACUGCACCGGGCGUGGUUCAUGCGCUGCAGUUCACGGCCGAUCGUGGCGAGAGAAGCCGAGAAAGAAAGAGGAGCACUUCGCCCACGAGAAAGAGAAGCACUUCGCCCAAUAGAACGCUUUCGGAUGCUUUCGGCGAAGCUGUUCGCGUCGCCGAAAAGCCGGCGAAGUCGGCCGAAAAAGAGCGACUCGAUGCUGACAUGGAGGCCGAAAAAAUGGCGAAGGUGGCCGAAGAAAAACGCUUGGAUGCUGUCCUCAAGGAGGCCAAAAAUAAACACAAGGCUGCGCUUAAGGAGGCCAAAGCAAAAGCGAAGGAGGCCGAGCGUGAGGCUAAGCAGGAAGCCGCGGCAGCCGAGCGCUACGCCAAGCAGGGAGCCGACUCGGUCUCGCGCGACGCCGAGGAAAGAGCCGACGCGAAGAAGCGUGCCGCCAAGCGCCAAGCCGCUUCGGAGAAGCGUGACGCCGAGCAAACCGAGCUCCUUGCAGGGAUCGAAACUCGGCUGAGCACUGAGCUUGGCAGGAUUGACCGCACGUUCCGCACGGAGAUUGCCAAUAUUGACGCCGAGCUUGAGACCGAGCUUGCCACGAUUCGCACAGACGACGAAACCGUGCGUGCCACGACGCAGGCCGCAGCUGCUUGGAAGCAUGUCACGAUAGACGAGGAGCGCCAAACCGAGCGUUGGUUAAUUUACAACAAGUCGCUUGAAGACUUCCAGGGAGAUCCUUAUUGGGUAUUACAAGGAAAAAUGCCCCCACGACCCCAGAACGUGGCAGCCUUUGCAGUGCAGCAAAGCUGAUGUCCAAUGCUGGAAAGAACGCUCUCCAUCUUUCAUGUUUCAGCAUCACAUAUCUGCAAUUAUGCUGAAUCGCUACAAUUUGUGUAGUAGUCCUAGUCGCUACGCAAGAGCCCAGCGACUGCCGGGCCUGUUAUGCACAGCAAGGCGCCUUGCGCGACUAGAUUCUGUAUCCAGAAGCCUCAUACUAGCUCUUUCAUGCAAGAUAGAAAGUAACUUGAGUUUCCAUUUGGAAACUCCCCAAAAAAAUUUUUGCAACUUCCGCGGGGGGGCACUUUUCAUUGUAAUACGCGAGAACCAAUCGUGACAAUGUUUUUAAGGAGCUUCAAACGCAUCUUGCCGCAAUUCGCGCCGAAUAUGAAGCCGACCGGUCCAGGAUUGCGAAUGCGCUGCAAGCAAAGCUUAACGAAAUUAACGCCGAAGAGUCAAAUUGGGAUUGGGAAAUCUGCUAG